UAUACUCUUGAUAUUGUCAACAACUAGGAAGAUAAGUUUGUCAAGGCUAGAAAAAUUAUUUAGUAUAUUAUAGUAUAUAUAUAACCACCACAUUAACGUUUCCUUGCACGAUUUAUCCAUUCAACUCUUAGCUUAUAAAUCAUAGCUAGUUCUUCCUUCACAUUAUUCAACUUUCUCAUUUGCAGAAUAUAUUUGUUGCUUGUCUCAUUUUAUCCCUUGCACUUCCUUCAAGUCAUUCCUUGAGAGAUUCAACUAUGGGGAACAGAAGUUCAAAUCUUGAUAAUGACAACAAUAUUUCACGUCCAAUUGAUACUCCAUUUAAGCUUCCUUCUCCAUUGCCCACUUGGCCUUCAGGUCAAGGCUUUGCUACUGGAGUCAUUGAUCUUGGAGGUUUAGAAGUGUCUCAAUUAUCAUCAUUGGCUAAAGUUUGGGCUACUCAAGAAGGUGGACCAGAUGAUCUUGGAGCUACAUUCUUUGAACCAUCAAAUUUACCAAAUGGAUUCUUUAUGCUUGGCUCCUAUAGCCAACCUAACAAUCUGCCCCUCUUCGGAUCAGUUCUUGUUGGAAAAGAUUCAACAGGAGACGCGCUAAAGAUUCCAAUUGACUAUACACUUGUAUGGAGUAGCGAGAACCUGGAAAUCAAGCAGGAUGGUGUUGGCUAUAUUUGGCUGCCAAUUCCUCCUGAAGGCUAUAAAGCUGUAGGCCACGUUGUAACAACGUCGCCUCAAAAGCCUUCUCUUGACAAAAUUCGUUGUGUUCGUUCUGAUUUAACUGAUGUGUCUGAGAGUGAUGAUUGGAUUUGGGGCAAUAAUGGAUUGAAUGUGUACUCAUCAAGACCAAGAGACAGAGGAAUCAAUGCUUUAGGAGUGUCUACUGGUGCUUUUGUGGCUUCAAAUAAUGGAACUGCAGAUUCAUUAGCUUGUUUGAAAAAUGUCAAAGCUAAUUUAUCUGCUAUGCCAAAUUUGGACCAAGUUCAAGCACUGUUUCAAGCCUACUCUCCUUUGUAUUAUUUCCAUCCUGAUGAACAAUAUUAUCCAUCAUCUGUCACUUGGUUUUUUCAGAAUGGAGCAUUAUUGUACACUAAAGGGCAAGAAUCUGCACCAGUUGCUAUUGAGCCAAAUGGUUCAAAUCUUCCUCAAGGUGGUUCAAAUGAUGGUGCUUUUUGGUUGGAUUUGCCAACUGAUGAUUCAGCAAAAGAUCAAGUCAAGAAAGGAGAUUUGCGAGCUACUACAGCCUAUUUACACGUUAAACCAAUGUUUGGCGCGACGUAUACUGAUAUUGCUCUAUGGCUAUUUUACCCCUUUAAUGGCCCUGCUAGAGCAAAAAUUGAAUUCAUGACCAUUCCAUUAGGGAAAAUUGGACAACACGUUGGCGAUUGGGAGCACGUUACGUUAAGGAUUAGUAACUUCAAUGGUGAGUUACAAGGUGUGUACUUCUCUCAACAUAGUGGAGGGAAUUGGGUAAUUGCUUCUCAGCUUGAAUUCCAAAAUGGUAACAAACCCGUGGCCUAUUCAUCGUUGCACGGUCACGCUUCUUAUGCCCAACCAGGGAAAAAUAUGCAGGGGAAUAGCAACAUAGGCUUAAGAAAUGACACGGCAAAAGGGCAGAUGAUGGACACUGGAGCAAACUAUUCAAUAGUUGCUGCUGAAUACUUAACAAUUGUUGAACCAGCAUGGUUGAACUAUGCUAGAGAAUGGGGUCCAAAAAUCAGCUAUGAUAUUGCAAAUGAACUCGAAAAAGUGGAGAGAUUUUUGCCAGGGAAACUGAAGAAGGCUGUUGAGAAACUUGUGAAAAGUCUACCAAAUGAGGUGUUGGGUGAGGAAGGACCAACUGGACCCAAGUUUAAGGACAUGUGGAAUGGUGAUGAAAGGGGUUAAAGUUAAACAUGGUAAAUUAUCGAUUAUGAUAAAUUAAAAAAAAAAA